GGAGUUCCAAACACUGUAAAUGAUUAGAGCGGCCUGUUUACCUGGGUGAUAAGCUGUAUCCAGUAAACGUUCAACAUGGAAUGUCACAGAGUAUAUUUCAUCCUUUUUGCGAUGUCUUCCCUGUGUAUUUGUAUUGUUGUAAGCUUCGAAUGUGACAUGAACGCGGAGGUUUGUGAAACAAGCCUUGUUGUUGAUAACCAGCUAACUAUGACCUCCUUAACCUCAGGGGGAAAUGUCUGCGCAAAAGGUGGAAAACUAUACAGUAAUUGUGAUGAUAGGAACGAGGAAAUCCCUAUGAGCGAAGUCAUAACCGCUGAUGGAUGGGAAGAGAAAAAAGUUGUAGUCGUCGCUAACUUGAGCCUCUCCAACAACCCCAUCAUUGUAUACAAAGACCAGAGAUUGAUAAUUAAGGUGAUCAACAAUUUGUAUUCUGAUACAGUUACAAUACACUGGCAUGGUCUUCUACAGGAGAAUACCCCUUGGAUGGACGGGGUCGGACUUAUCACACAAUGUCCGAUAUUACAGGGUCAGUCCUUUACGUAUGACUUCAUUGCCAAUCCUGCUGGAACAUACUGGUAUCAUUCACAUGUUGGCAUGCAGAGAGUGAUGGGCCUGAACGGACCCCUAAUUAUCAGGGAACGCCAUGAGGAUACAAUUGAGGAACAUAUUAUGACUGUUCAGGGAUGGAAUCAUGACUGGGGUGCUGAUCAUGAUUUUUUGGCCCAUUUCAAUCUGACUUCAGUUCUUAUAAACGGCAGAGGAAGAUACUACACAAAUACUUCAACAAAUGAUCACAACGAAGCGCCAUUAGAAACGUUUUCAGUUGAACAAGGGAAGCAAUACAGAUUCAGAGUGAUCAACGUGGGAAGUGGGCAUACGUUUAGGGUAUCAGUGGACAAUCAUGAUAUCAAACUCAUAGCCUCUGAUGGAAGAGACUUCAUUCCAGUUGAUGCGGAGUCAUUUAUUUUUAGUCCAGGAGAACGGUUUGAUUUUAUUUUAACCGCGAAUCAGUCUGUUGACAAUUACUGGAUUCGUGCUGUUACUAUAGGUCCAAAUAAUUUUCGUAUAGGUGAGGCAAUUUUGCGGUAUAAAAAUGCGCCAUUGGUUGAACCCGUUACCUCAAGGAAAGACUGCACACUGUCUUCUAAAUGCUUUGUCGUUAACUGCCCCUUUUCGUAUUUUCCCGAGAAGGAUUACAUAACCUGUAACCGUUUUGCUGACAUGCGAAGACAAGGAAAUGAUCCUGCACCGUCCCCUAAUGGAACUGAUUCUGUGUUUAAGGAAUAUUUUCUGAAUUUUGGAUUUCCUGGGAGAAAUAGUACCCCAGCUUCAGUGAAUGGAAUUCAGUUCGUACUUCCUAGUGUAUCAGCUCUGACGCAGCCCCAAGAAAUUGACGUUACUUGUGAAAAUGCUGGAUGUGGAGAAAAUAAACUUUGUAAGUGCAUGCAUUCAAUAUCAAUCAAUGAAAACGAAAUCGUCCAGCUUGUUUUACUAAAUAUGGGUAUAGGAAGAAGAGGAGCGCACCCUAUACAUCUCCAUGGUUAUUCGUACUACGUUGUCAAGAUGGGAUAUGCAACCUAUAACAAUGUGACAGGUGAAUUCAUCUCACAAAACGAGGACAUUAACUGUCGUGGUGUUGGUGGCCCAAACCAAAGCUUCUGUAAUAAGGCUACGUGGAGCGAUCCAAGCUGGCUAGGAGGUAAUGUACCGGGUAUGGAGCUUCAACAUGCACCGCGGAAGGAUACACUUUUGAUCCCUAGCGGAUCAUAUGCGGUGAUACGAAUAAAGGCCGGUAACUGGGGCGUGUGGCUGAUGCAUUGUCACAUAGCUACUCACUUUCAGGAUGGCAUGGGGUUAGUUUUAAAUGAUUCCUUCGCGUUGCAAUCGAAGUCAUCUCCGCCAAUCGGGUUUCCUCAGUGCAGGAGUUUUCCAUCGGCGUAUGAAACGAGGAAGGAUGGUGAAAUGGAAGCAAUGGAAGAUACUGACCAGGCAUCUGAAAACGACGUGUACAAAGUGGCCUUCUGGGUGAUGUUACCUGUGAUGAUGGUGUUGCUUCUGCUCACGGUUGCCUACAUCGUAUAUCUUCGCAAACAAAACCUGACAAUCAUACAGGGAUCGGCUGCUGGAACGGAAAUGACAGCCAGGUCAUAAAUCAUUUUCCAUCAUUGCGUACAUUUUGUUUUUAAAGAAUAGUCAUUUCAAGAAUUGUCUGAAGCACUUCUAACUGUCACUGACACUCAAACUAUUUGUGUGUUAACAGACGUACGUUUUGACAAAUGAAUACUUGUAAAACCAUAUAGAAUGAUAGGGUUUGUUACCAAAAUACCAGAUUCACGACUAAAUUUCGACUGAAUGUUCCUUCCUGUAAUUGUUUUAGAAGGGUGUUCAAGCGAAAUUCAUUGUACCACGCUGGAAGUAUGACAGCAAGGGGUUUUGCAGGUGUUUAUUUUGGUGACAUUCCAGAUAUAUAACAUCAGUCACGUUUGUGGUAAUAGUUUAAGGCUUUUUUUUAUAUUUGUCUAAACCUUUCUGGUGAUCUAAUGUCUGUAACACUACUAGAAACAUUCCUUUAGAUAUAUUAAAAUGCAUGUCAUUCUAGAUGAAUUUCCAGGGGGUCAGUAAACACAUUAUAAAUAUAUUUUCUUCGCGAUAAAUACGUAAAACAUGUUUUCUUCAUAUUUCAAUAUUAGUAUAAAAUCACCUUAAAUCAUCAUUUUUGGCGUCAAAUGUACAUGUGCAUGUAACUACUUUCGUAAGGAUGCUGAAUACUGCCACAUCUAAGUGUAGAUGACUGUAGAUAAUGUAUCGCAAUUAAUUCGGAAUUUUGUUGAAACAUUUUCUCUAUGUACUUGGUUUCGUAGAUAAAUAAUACCACGAAAUAUACUAACAUAACAAUAUGGUUUGAAACUUAAUAAGUUUUUCAGAUCGUUGACAUUUUUUCUUAUUCAUUUAGAUUACUCACACCAA